GUUCGUUUCAUUAGCAGGUAAUUUAAACAGCAAACUAACAAUACCGACUUCAUAAUCAACAACGAAUCACCAUUCAUUAAUGUUGGUGAGAAAAUUCGCACUAAUUUUCAAAACGAGUGUUAGACAGACUGAAUACGAGUGUAUCAUGGAUGGUUCAACGUUGAAUAGAAUCUCAUAUGUUGUAAUAUGCUACAUUCUUGUCGAGUUCUUGUUCUUAAUUUUUGCUGAAAAGCAAAUGUAUCAUCAUUCGAGUGCGGGUGAUUAUUACGUCGAAUGGAAAGCCAUAGGAGCUUGCCCUGCGGAUAAAAGGGGUACUAAUGAAAUUUGGUCAGAUAUUCAUCUUACUAAAAAACAUCGAAAAACAGAACUCGUCGGUAAUCUUACAUUUUUAGUGCCUUUGGAUGAUAAUACUCCUAUGAAGCUUGAUUUUGCCAUACUCGGUUCAAAUGCAGCUUGGUUGCCUAACGCUUACAGCAUGACAUUACCGAAAGGCUGCUCUGGUUUCAUGAGUCUUUUAAGAGAAGGUCUGGUCGAAUACUUGAAAAGUUUUGGAAUGCCUCCGAAGUGUCCCAUGCAAAAAGGUUUCUAUCAAACGAAAGGAUUCGAUCCUGAUAAGCUCUUGUUGAAUCCGUUAAUUCCGAAGCAGUUCAUUUAUGGUCGUUACAAAUUAACUGUAGAAUAUUUUAAUAGGAAAAAUAGUCUUGUAGGAUGUACUUAUUUUGUCCUCGAUAUUCUUCCACUUUGGCAGAAGAAUGAGAAGACAAAAUCGCGAUGAAAAUGAGAAUAGGUGGAACCAUUUUGUGAUUUUCGUAAAUAAAAAAAGUUUCAGAAA